GACUUCCUCCAGAGUUGCAGUUGGAUGGCAAGCAGUGGCUCGGCUGACACGUAACUAAAGUUAAAGGUGCUAUGGAGGCCUCGUCGUGGACUGGAGUCACAGCUUUUCCGUAGGUUUGUCAGAAUUGCACCGCGAAAGUCUGCGGCUGAAGGAGGAGACCCACGCAGGGGUCCGUCAGCGUCGGUUUGUGCCGCAUUUCAAACGGGCAGAGUUUCACUUGAAGUCAGGCGAAAAUCUGAGCGGCUACUUUGAAGUCGCAGGAGAGAGUCGUGCUAAAAUAAUGUUUACAACUCGCAGCAGCUAACUCGUGUUUUCUGCCUGGAAAUGCUCGGGGAGUGAGCAGAAGAGGGGGACUUCUGUAGUCUUCGGGGUAAAAAAAAAAAAGUUGGGACGGAACUUUCCAGCAGCAGAGACGGGUCUUUCUCACUCAGACAGCGGGGAGGGGUGCGGGUCCAACAUGGGAAACGGGGUGUGCUCCCGGAGGCAGCGGAGGAUCUUCCAGUGUCUCCUGCUGGUCACCGUGGUCUGCGGGAUGAUGUACGGGGGCAUGAUAUCGUAUGAAAUGCACACACAGCUCAAGAGGACCGAGGCGAUGGCGCUCAAGUAUCAGCAACAUCAGGAGUCCCUCUCGGCACAACUCCAAGUGGUGUAUGAGCAUCGUUCCAGGUUGGAGAAGUCUCUUCAGAAGGAGAGGUUAGAGCACAAAAAGGCCAAAGAAGAUUAUCUAGUUUAUAAACUCGAAGCACAACAGUCACUGAACAAGGAGAAGCAAGACUCCAGCAGCAGAUUCAACUCUUUACAAGUGCAACAUCAGAUGUUAAAGAAUCAGCAUGAGGACCUAAAGAGGCAGUAUUAUGGACUGCAGGAGCAGCACCAAGUCCAGGGCGAGGACCACAGCCGGCUGCUGGAUGAACACAGGGAGCGCUACAACAAACUGCAGCAAGCCAAAGAGAUGGAAGUCUCCCAACUCAAAGAGAAUGUAUAUAACCUAAGAGAGGAGAACAAGCAGCUGAGGAAAGCUCACCAUGACAUUCACACACAGCUACAGGAUGCACAGGUCCAACAUCAGGACCUGAAGGCAGCUCACAACCAGCUCGCACUGACACUGGAAGACCACAAGAGUGCGCUGGCUGCAGCUCAGAUGCAGGUGGAUGAAUACAAGCAGUUCAAAGAAUCCCUCAAAAGAGUACCCAACGUGGCAGAUCAUGGGCAAAACCACAUCCCUCAGCAGCAGCUGGCAGCCAAUGUAGCACCUGAGCCUCAUGAGCAUGAAAACCAACAUGGUGCCUUACUGGAACAGAAACAUAAAGAGGAGACCAUCCAUGAAGAUCACCAGGCUCACCAGGACACUGAGAUGAGGUUGGACCACAGAGUGGAGGAAGUCCAUGCCCAGUCUGACAUCAAGCCUCACCCAACUGUAUCCCAGCGCACCGUGUCUGAGAAAGACGAAGACAGGGAGGGAGAGGCGGAGAGGAGAAGGGAGCUGGCAGAGGAGGAGAUGGCCCAAGCAGGACAGCCUCAGAAGCUGGAGGAGGAUCCUGACCAGCUACAGGAUGAGCAACAGGAGGAAGGGGAGGAGCCAGAACAAGAGCAGCCAGAUGAGAACGCCUUGGACCGACACAGACGCCAGCCACAGCCGGAUCCCCAUAGGGAGCUCCAUCAGGAGCCUCAGCUGCAGCACCAGGCACAGGCCCAGGUGGAGCAUGUGAAGUCAGCCUACGAGCAGCAGCAGGAGCAGCAGCGCCUCGAGGCUCAGAGGGCCGAAGAGCGCAGGCAGAUCCAGAUGCGACAAGAGAACCUGCAGGCCCAGAGAGAGAGGGUGCUGAAGGAGAGAGAGCAGAGGCUGAAGGAGGAGCAGGAGAGAGAGGAGCAGCAGCACAGGGAGGCAGACAGACGGGAGCAGCAGCUGAGAGAGGAGCACCAAAGGAAGAGGACAGAAUAUGAGAACAUGGACAAUGACAUAGUCCAAGGAGAAGAAGAAGGUCACACUGACGAUGAAGAAGAUAGAGAUGUUCAUAUGUUACACGAGGAGGAGGAGAAACAAGAGGUGGAUCACAGAGUGCCUCCACAUCAGCAGGGUGCUGUCGAUGGUGAGCUGGACCCCGAGGACGACCCCAACAACCAGGGAGAGGAUGAGUUUGAGGAAGCCGAGGAUGAGCGGCUGCCGCACAGGGUUCCUGAAGAGGAACAAGAGAUUGUAGAAGAGGAAGAGGAGCCGGCAGCACCAGCCCAGCACAUAGACGCACACCCAGGACCUGAACAACCCGCUGUGGAGGAGGAACUGGUGAUGGCUGGAAACCCAGAUCAACAGGAAGACAAUCUGGAUGACCAGUACCAGGAGGAAGAUGAGGCCCAGGAGGACAUAGCUGGUGGGCAAAAGAGAGAGGAGGUAGAAGAGGAAGGAGAGGAGCCGUAUAACGAAGAGAACGUAGAACAGGAUGAAGUAAAACACCAGGAAGGACCAAGAAAGGAGGGAGAUCACAGAAAUGACAUGAACAAUAAUGAGGAAGAGAAUUACGAGGAGGAAGAAGAGGAGGUAGAGGAGGACACAGCUGGUCGGGACAAGGGAACCAAUCGGAGGGCAGAAAUGUAGGACGGGCGUGAACAUUGACCAGUCGCAGUGCCUUUUUGGCUGCCUAUAGAGCCAGUCAGGUCUUUCUUUCUCUUGAUUCCCAAAGGAAUAAAACCAGCCAUCCAUUCAGAAUUCCAGUUAGGAAAAUCGGGAUAUCAUGCUUGGAAGAUGGGGAUGCUAUUCCAAACACUGUGGGGUUGGAACGGAUCAGCUUACACUGUGGAAAAGGACACGACUUGCAGGGCACAAAGGGGAUAUAUUCUGUAUAUUUUUUUUUAUUCCUUGGCUUCUCUGUCUGCUCGCAUGUCUGCCUGAUUGCCUGUCUGGUUCUGUUUUCUUGUUCUAACAGCAGUCAAACAGAGAAUGUAUUUUUAUCAAUGUGCUGUCUUUGAGUAUGUGUAAAGAAAGCAAAGAUAAAUUAUGUUAUUCUAUGUCCUCAUGUGCAGGCCUCUAUAUGUAUGUUUUAUGCAGACAGUUUUAUUCUUUGUAGAGCUCAAAUGUUAAUUUCAUCUUGCAUUCCAAUCAAUCAAGUCUUUUUCUGUUAUUUAUUGUUGACAAUCGUAUAAGGUGCAGCAUUUCUAUUUUUUCCCCUAACUGAAGUAGUUUGUGUCACAGCGACUUUUACAAACUUCUUGAGGCUGACACACACAGGAGCGUUUUCACCGGGUCUUUCUGCAAAUGCCAAUCACACAGUGACAUUUCAGCUGAAGCUGUUCUUUGCUCUCAGAGUCACACUGACAUGUGCCUUUCCAUUCUUGGAAACCUCUUUUAGGUCAUAGUCGUUUUAAACUCGGUAUUCUAAUAGGACAGGACAGAUCAGAGCAUGCCGGUUAGUGCUGCUGCUCUCGUAUAAUGCUUCAGCCUUAAAUGGUGAAUCAUUUCAUGUCAACUGCUGGUGUGGAUUACAUUCACAAACCUGAUGCAUUUUAAUGCAGCGACUUUAGUCUACUGUACAAUGUAUAGUAAAAUGAAAUGCUGUCUGUUUGUUACACCGGUUAUGUUUGAUACGAAAUAGUGGGAUUUUGAUUGUAUUGAACCAUGUUUGCCAUCUGAACGGUGUGCGUGGAAUAAAGAAGUCAAAGGAUUUCCAUUAA